AUGGAUAGAAAAUCUGCUAGAAUAAAAGCAGAGUUGCAAAGAUAUGGUUGGAGAGUUUCGAAGAAGUUUAAAUAUAGGAAGGGAAGACCCAUAAAAGUCUAUGACAAAUUGUCUGGUCUUCGCUACGAAAUGGAUUUGGAAACAGCACGUGCAAAUUAUCCAAACAGACUAGAGAGGUUAGAAGAAGAACGUCUUAUGGACAUGCCUUUCGAUGUUAGUGAACCUCAAGUUGAAGGACACGACGGCUUUGCCAGAUUCUACUGGAAACAUGACGAACAAUUGCAUCCUUUGAGAAGGAAAAAAGGUAGUGCAGAGGAUGGUCAUGCUCCCAUGGAAAGAACAAGAUAUGCAUAUGAGAAGUACCGUGAAGUUAGAAGUCAAAUUACAUCUGGUCGAACCUUUACAGUAAACUUUGACGAAGGAAAGAACAAAGAAGGCUUCAUGGGUGUACUUGCUGCCAUACAAGACGGAAAUAAGAAAGGAUACAAUCUCAGAUUGACCAUAACAGAUUUGGAUGGUCACAUUUACUAUGCACAUGGCAAUGUCACAACAGCUGCAAUGCUUCUUGACGCUUUCAAGACUACAAAGAGAGAACAAAUGGUUGACUCCGACUCAGACAUUUUGAAUGCAAUUGAAGGAAUUGCAAGUGUCAAGUUCGAAUGGUACCAACCUAACCCUCAAGCAGUCAGACAACAUGCUGGAUACUUCCCGUUCAUAAAUAAGUCUGACAUUGACUUGACAAGGUAUGGAAUUUACAAUUCAAUUGAAACAAUUGUCAAUGAACCUUGCAUUCUUACAUGUCUCAGGAACUCUGGUCUUGUUACAGAAGAGAAGAUGAAGUAUCUUGA